AACUAAGCAAAAAAAAAAAAAAAAUGAAAUCUCCUGUAAUCUAGAUAGAUAUCUAAUCUGUUACUUCAAAAAAAGAAGAUAAUUAGGCAUUUCAUGAGUCAAUCUAGUGAAGUGUCAUGCAUCUUAAUCAAUGACUUAAUCUCUGCUAAAUCUUGGUCUUCUGAUAGACAAAAUAAAAUCAAAAUGCCUUCCUUACCACAGACACAAUUUCAGAAUUCAUCUGAAUCAUAUUUUGAAAAAUUUGCUACAAACACAAAUAUGAACAGCAAACCAGAGAAAGUGGACAACUUAUAUCCUUUUGCCAGGAUGGAGUUUAAUGAUAGUGCUGAUAUACAGAAAAGAAUGGAAAAAGUUCUGGGACCUUUGUCUCUUUUUGCACCAUUUAGCAAUGAAGAUGUGCCAGUAAUCCAACAGAUUCAGCUAGAAAGACCAGUCACACCAAUUAAUGAUGAAAUUAAAUCACAGCCUACAUCCUUGGAGAAACUAACAUUAUAUGUGACAAGAAGAAUCAGGCCCAAAGAAAAUGUUCCAUAUCUAUCACUAGAAGAUCAGAAAGUACUGGGUGCAAUAAUUGUUGGGGAAGUAAAUGUUUUAUGGCCAGAAAUCAAACAGCAGAUUGAUGAUCCUUUUUUGACUCCAGAUGAAAAUAAAGAGUUACACCGACGCAUUACAGUUCACAUAGUCACUGUUUGUGAACAACUUUUUCAGCAUUAUUUGAACAAAGCACAAGUUUUGAAUAGCAGAGGUGUUUUUAGUGGUCCAGCCAACAUGAGCAGACUCAAAACUCAACUUGCUCUUGAGGCGGGUGAACUACUUGACAUUUUAAAAAUCCAUCGUUACAUUAAGAAUGAUAUAAGAGGAGGUGUAAAACAAGACAGCCAGACUGAUGCUGCAGCCAGUUUGCCAUUUCAUAGUGCUCCCAAGUCAAAUAAGAAGCUCACUUAUCAAUCUAUGUUGGAAUUGAGCAGACCAAAAUCAACUGUCCAAGUGACAACAUUGAGUUCUUUAGAUCAGGCAUUACAGGAGAUUCAAGAAGGAAUGCCUGUUCUGGACACAAGUAAAUUACAUACUUUUUUGUCUGAAAUUCCAGAAAGAGAGAUAGAAACACCAAGCGAUGAUGACAAGAAUCAAAGAUCUUAUUUAUCAUCUGGAGGAAAUUCACAGUUGUCAGGUGUUUCUAAGGAAGCUGAUUCUAAGCAGAAAAUAAUGUUCAGACAAAGCAAAGAAAAAGAAACUACUGCUGUGAAUUCAUUUAUGAAUAAUGUAACAAAUUUGAGGCGCUGUAGAUCUCAGCCCAAUAUCAUUCUUAGUGACAGUCUUCUGGAGGAACUUGGAAUCAACAAGAAUGUCAAAUCGGAUCCACUAAUAAAUCAUGAGCUUGAAAUCUUACUAAGACAAAGAAAGAUUCAAUCAAAACAUAAUAUAGUUGAACCCAAAGAACAGCAGUUGGAGGACAGACAACUCAUUGUGGAGGAUCUCAAUAAUUUGUUACAUGAAAAAGAAAGUGAUUUGCCUGAAGAUGAAGAUGAUUUACCUCCCUUAAUUCAAGCCAUAAUUCGUAAUGCCAAGCAUGAUAAUCUCAAGGAGAGAACACAAAAGAAAAUGAAAGAAUUAGAGGAGAAACAAAAGCAAAGAGAAGAAGAGGAAUGUGUUUACGUUCAUGGACCAUUGUAUCCACAACCAGAUACUGUCAAUGCCAAGCUUGGAAAAUCAGGAAUUGUGAGAACUUCUGACAUAAGAGUAUCUGAAAGAGUCUGCAUGUCAUCAAUUACACUACAGCGAUAUCCUCCUGUUUACAAUGACCUAUUUGAAGAGAUUGAUCCAGACAUGGUGAAAAAAAUGGACAAAAACCUUUUCUUAAGUUCAGAGAUUCAGGAAGUUUAUGAAGAAAUAAUGAAAACUGUUCCAACGACACAUUUGGAGUUGGAUGAUAUGAGUGAUAAGGAUCCACUUGUUUUAAAUGGUCCUGAGACGAUUAAUCUUGCAGGAAUUACUGCUUCCUCAACCCUGACUAAAAAAAUUGUUGACAGAGUUAUAAAUCCUGCUUUCAAAAAAAAGAAAGGACCUCCUUGGGGGAAGACUGAUAUGAAAGAUUGGGCAAAAACUCCUGACAUUCCUCCAAAGAAUUUCUUAGGGGAAGAUUUAUUUUCACCAUUGGUGCCAAAUUUACCACAAAUACAUGAUGUGAUUGAAAAUCCUAACCAAACAACACACAUGGUCAUGUCUCAUGAUGGCAAGCCAAGUCUUGUUGCUGAUAAAACAUCAGCUACUUAUGCCUCUUGGCUACAUUGGUGGAAGUCAACAGUGACUAGUGAUGACUAUGUGAAAUACCUAUCUACUCUGGAAACUGACUACUUGGGAGCCAUAUUUCAUUUCUAUGAUUCAGAAGAAGAAAGUGAUACAGAUGAAGAAGAUCUGCCGUAUAAGAUGAAACGCAUGAAAAAAUUACUACAUUCGAAAAGUGGUAAAAGUAAAUUGUUACCUGAACAAAAAGAAAAGGUGCAGAAGUUAAAUGAGCUAAAAAGUUUGAAGUCAGAAUACCAAAAAGGUUUCUGGAAUGCCAAUUCUGUUUUGAUGGGAGGCUUAGGGAAAGAUCCUGAAAUUGAUGACAUUGUUACAGAUAAAGAAGAGACAGCUGCUCAGGAUAAAAGCAAUUUAUUGUCAACGCAGAAUGAGAAAAGAAACAUAUUCUCACACAUAUCUAAAGGAAAAACUUUCACUUCUAAUAAUGAUGCUAACAGUACAGUGUCAGAAAAACAAGCCCCACCUCCUGCACAAGACAGAUUAGAGAAUGUUUGGCAGAAAUUGUAUGUUCCUGAUAGUCAACGAUUAGAUAUGGCAAUCAAAUACAGCUGUAAUGGAUAUUUUAAUCAACUAUCGGAGGCCAUAGAAGGAUGGGAGUAUGUUGCAGAUUUAAUUUUACGGAGAGAAAAGUUGCUUGUAGAUCUAGAAAAAUUUGAAAGGCAUGCAUCAGAUCCAAACAGAUUUUUUCAUAAAGAUUCCAAGAAAAGUUCAUACAGACUUAAGGAAUCAAAGCAGAGAGCAGCUAUUUAUAAAAAAAUUGAUGACCUUGACAGUGAGCUCAAAGAAGAAAUCUCUUAUAUUCAGUCAAAGUUUCAUGAUGUUAUCACAUUUAAGGGUCGACCAUACUUGGACAAGUUAAAAUGGGACAGAACAGAAAUGCUUUAUUGGUUGGCUGAAGAGAGAAAACAAAAUGGUAUCAAAUAUGAAACAUAUUUGAAAAGUGUAACAUGCCCAGUUAAACCUGUCCACUUACAGCCUAUUUCUGUUGAAAAAACAUAAAUAAUUUACACAUUAAAUACCUGUAGAUUUACUCACUGCGCUGAUAAAAAAUAAUAAUUUGAAAAAAAAAAAAGGAAA